AUGUGGUUGACACGCCCCCUCGGAGUGCUGGUCGCGAUGGCUUCAGCCGUCGCGACUCAGUCGGCGUCUGCACCAAUUGACUCAUACCGCACUCUCACCAUGCCAAACGGCCCAGUCGGCACAUCGCCUCCCCUUCCAGAAGGAACUCCUCAGCCUCCUCCCGACUACGCCAGGGGACAUGCCAACAACCAACGCGGCAUUGCGCCCGACAAGCAUAACAUGACCGGACCGUACGUUGGAGACCGCGAGAUGCGAGCGCGGCCAUCCAACGGAACUGCCAAGAUCGCCGCUGCCGGCGACGGCUACUGGCUCUCGGAACUUGGGUCUCUGGGGAAGUCUCCCUUCGCGCCAGCAGGUUACCAGUUCUUCCGCAACGUCAAGGACUUCGGCGCUGUCGGCGACGGCGUGACGGAUGACACGGCGGCCAUCAACCGGGCCGUGUCGUCUUUCAGCAUUGACAACCAGGACGACGUCCGCUGCGACGGCGACUGUGGCUCCACGACCACUCUCACAGCCGUGGUUUACUUCCCGGCAGGAACCUAUCUCAUCUCGAGCCCGAUCAUUCAGUACUACUACACGCAGUUCGUAGGUAAUCCUUGGGAGAGGCCUACCAUCAAGGGCGCGCCCGACUUCGAGGGAAUCGCCCUCUUCGACGCAAAUUUCUACAUCCCUGGAGGCAACGGCGACCAGUGGUAUGUCAAUCAGUCCAACUUCUUCCGCCAGAUCCGCAACUUCAUCUUCGAUAUGCGAGGCAUGAAUCGCACCAAUUACCAGAACGACCAGGAGUAUGUACCUGCCGGCAUCCACUGGCAGGUCGGCCAGGCCACGAGCAUAUCCCACUGUCACUUCGAAAUGCCGCUGUCAGACGCCUCAGGGUCGACGACGGCCAUCGGCAUCUUUAUGGAAAAUGGCAGCGGCGGCUCCGUGGAUGACCUGACCUUCUUCGGUGGUAACAUCGGCUUCCUCGCCGGCAGCCAACAGUUCACAGCUACGAACCUGCGCUUCGAGCUCUCUCUGACGGCUAUCAAGCAAGAGUGGAACUGGGGCUUCGUCUGGAAGAACAUCUACGUCCAGGCCGCCUACGUUGCCAUCGACUGUACUGCCUUCUCCGAGUCGACGAGCCCGCCUCAGGGUACCGGCUCCAUCAGUGUGAUUGACUCCCACUUCAACGGCGUGCCGUAUGCCAUCACUGUGGCCAGAGAAGCCGGGCAACAACCAGCCAUCGUCCUAGACAAUCUUCUCGUUGAAAAUUCGGCGUCCGUGGUCCUUGUCUCUGGUGGUGAGACCCUCUUGGCAGGGUCCUCCGGCCCCCUCUUCUUCCCAUCGUGGGUUUCCGGCUUCCAAACCCAGCCGAACGGCCUGUCGGGAAAGCGCUCCGGCUUUCAGGCCGCCAUUCCCAACAAGCCGACCUCCCUGCUCGACGGCUCCGGCAAGUACUAUUACAAGUCAAAGCCGCAGUACUCAGGCCAAUCUCCCCUCGUUGCCACUAGUCUCGGCGUCUCCAACGACGGGACCGGCGACCAGACGUCGGCCAUCAAUAGUCUACUUCAAUCCAACGUCGGGAGCACCAUAUUCUUUCCGGCCGGCGUGUACAUGGUCCGCGGCACCAUUGAGGUGCCGGUGGGCUCCAUCAUCACCGGAUCCGGUUGGAGCACGAUCAUGGGCGAGGGGUCGUACUUUGAAGACGAGUCCAAGCCGCAGGUCAUGGUCAGGGUCGGCAAGCCCGGCGACUCGGGAGUCAUCGAAAUCUCAGAUAUGCUCUUCACCGUCAAGGGCGCUACCGCUGGCGCCAUUCUUAUGGAGUGGAAUGUCCACGAAUCCAGCCAGGGGUCAGCCUCCAUGUGGGACAGCCACUUCCGCGUCGGCGGUAAUGCUGGCAGUGGUCUUCUGUUGGAUGACUGCCCAGCCCAGGCCGGUUCCGUCGUGAGGGAAUGCAUGUCGGCGAGUAUGUUGCUCCAUAUCACCGACCGGUCCUCGGGCUUCUUCGACAACGUUUGGGUCUGGGUGGCCGACCACGACCUCGACGAUCCGGCCAACGCCGAUGCCUAUGUGGGGCCGGGCGGCAUUCCUGUCAAUACCGCCGUCGAGAUCUCCGUGUAUGCAGGACGCGGCGUUCUCAUUGAAUCUCAAGGACCGACUUGGUUCUGGGGAUGCGGCAGCGAGCACGCCCAGCUCUACCAGUGGCAGCUCCUGGGUGCCAAGGACAUCUUCAUGGGACACGUCCAGACCGAGACGCCAUACUACCAGUCUAACCCGGACGCAUUGGAGCCAUACGAGAUUGGCAAAUGGCCAUCUGAUCCCACCUUCGAGUCAUGUUCCGACGACCUCUGCCGCAAGGCUUGGGCCAUGAGGAUCAUCAAUUCAACGGACGUCUUCCUCUAUGGUCUCGGCUUCUACUCCUUCUUCGAGAAGUACGAGCUCGGUUGCGCACCCGAGGAAGACUGCCAGAAAGCACUGAUUGAAACAAACUACGCCGCCCGCACGUGGCUGUACAAUAUCUUCACCAAGGGCAACCACGAGAUCGUGUCCCCUAGGGGCUCGCUCUCGCCUAUCUGGUUCAACGAUACGACACGUAACGGAUACACGAGCUCAGUGGCGGCCUGGCUGGCUCUUGCCCUGGGUGGCGAGGACAUUGGUGCCGGCGACGAUCCUUCGGAGUCCGGGUCUGGCGUCGUCUACAUCGACCCCGAGAUCUGGGAUACCGAUCCGGGGGAGACGGCGACGAUUCAGUGCUUCCCUCCUUGCACCUACGUUCUUCCACCCAUCACGCUUCAGCAGCCCACGACCAUCACUUUCAGGCCCUAUACGACGUCUCUCGAGGUCGGCUGGUUCACGAGCACCGAGCUCGAGCAGGGCUACUCUACUAUCACGACUACCGUGUACGUGAGCAUCACCCAGACGACGGUGUUGACGCCGCCGCCCGCCACCUUGACAACGAUACCCGUCCGCAAUAUCAUCAUCAGCGAGAACGUGACCGAGACCACGUUACGUGUCACCCGGAGCAUCGACGUGCCCACAUUCAUCAUCACCAAUCGUCCCAAAUCGACGGAUCCGACAGGGAUCAUCAUACCCCCAAACACCCGGACCAUCACGGCCCCUCCUUGGCCUUGGCCUGAAGACAAGGAUAAUGAUGGUGAAGACGACGACGACGACGACGACGACGACGAUGAUGAUGAUGAUGAUGAUGACGACGAUGACGACAAUGAUGACAAGACCAUUAUUCACAAAGAGGGACCAGACGACCCGACUUGUAGAUCCGGCUGCGGCAAGUUGUGCUUUUUGUUCUGCCAGUUCCCCUGCCUCCUCAGCUGUCCCUGGCUGGACGAAUUUCCACCCGGUUUCCAAGACGGCAUCGACCCCAACAGCCCGCCUCCAACCCCAGUACCCACCAACCCGACCGAACCGGACCGGGACUGUACAACGAAGACCGUUGAAUCCUGUCGUGAGCUCUGCACCGUCUCUCCGACGCGCACUUGCACUUCCAGCUGCAGCGAUGUGGCAACUUGUGUUCCGACCACGGGCAUCCCGGAGACUGUGACCUUAGCGUCGGCAGUAGGCAACACGAUCGACCACACCCGCAUCAGCACCGUCCCGCCGCUCGAGACGCAAAUCAGCUCCGCCCAGAGCGCCAUCUCAUACCUCAGCUCCCGCGGCGACUGGCCCUUCGGAGAGGGAGGCGGUGGUAGCCCGACGACCACGACCACCACACCGCCCACCACCACCCAGGAGCCCGAUUUCCCGUGGCCGACGGCGGAGAACGUCAACGACAUCAGGGCGCUCUGCUUCAGCGGCUACGACAUUGCGGGCCGCGAGAAGUUCAGCAGCGACAUGAGUUUCCAGUCGGCCAACGGCUUCUGCAGCGAGAGCUUCGUCCUGAACCCCGGCGACACGGAGCCGUACCGCUUCUACCACUUCAAUGGGGACUACUGGAUGUGGUCCAUCAUGGGGUGGGCGGAGGACCAGUCGGGCUGCGGCGACAAGGAGAGCCUGGAGCUCGGUCCCAAGACGCAGAAUGGGUACAUUGGGUGCAUUCAAUCGUUGGGUCUGGUCAUGCAGGACUGCGAGGGCCUCGAUUACCCAGACGACGAGAACGUUCACCUGGGCGGAGGCUGGGUGCUGGAUUCGGGGACGGGAUGCGUGCUUGUUCAGCAUUUUGCUACUACUGACCGACAGUGGCGCGCGGCGGAUCCCCAUGACGGGCAGAGAAGGGUUGGGAAUAUCGUCAAGAAUCCGUGGAAAUUCGACGAGAAUUCGCGGCGGAGGCUUCCACCGAACUGGAAUCUCACUUUCGUGCCUCCGCAAGACGUGUCGGGGAGCUGA